AUGAUGGGACCCUUGGACAUGCUCAGUGACUUGAGGCUGAUUCAGCUGCAGAACGAGCUCAAGGUUGGCAGGGCCUUAGCCUUGGAUUUGUCCAGAAAUGCCAGCCAGUGUGUAUCGAAUCGAGGGCGGGCCUACAGCCAGGAAGACUGCAGCAAAGUAGCAAAGACCUACGGGUGCAUUUGGGCCAACAGUUCCUGUGUUUGUGCCAAUGGCGGCACGUACUCCAAAAGGAGUCACAAGUGUUGGCCUCCCGAGACAGAGCCUAGCACAACAACCACGACCACGAGGAUGGUGUUCUCUGCUGAAAAUGACAGCAUUUGUAGAAGCAACAGUGGCCGUGCGUACGAUUCUUACUAUUGCAAGGAAGUGGCCGCAGACUUUGGAUGUGAGUGGCGUGGUGGAGCUUGCGUGUGCUCGAAUGGUGGAUACUACGCCAAAACGACGCACACCUGCUACCCACCAAGUGACCCUGACACCACGACAACCACAACGCUGCAGCCAGCAACUUCCACGGCUGCACCAACGGAGAGUACCUGCGUCAGCAACAAAGGAAAGGCCUAUGACAGGGACAAUUGUCUCUGGUUCGCCAGGGGCUAUGGCUGCGACUGGAUCGAUGGCAUGUGCAGCUGCACCAACCAUGGGGUCUUUUCUAAGACCAGCAAGAAGUGUUGGCCCAGAUCAGGAUCGCCAACACCUCCUCCCUGCGGAGAUUGUCAGCCAGGACCUCAAGGGAACGUGACCUUGGCGACUCUUCUUGUGGUGCUGCCAGCGGUGUCGCCGGAGGCAGCUUGCGAUUCCAGGCCAUCAGUGAUUUUUCCGGCACCCACGGUGACCACGGUGACCACGGUGACCACGGUGACCACGUUGUCCGGCCGGCCUUUGGUUCGAAGCUGCAGCUUGAGCCGAAGCGGAUUCCACGGAUUUCUUGGAGUGAUGAAACACGGGCUGGGCAAAUGGCGUGCUGUGGCGCUGGAUUUGGAUCGCACCACCCUCACUAGCAGUCAUACCUUGACACCACGGACACUGGCGGCCAUACGGCAGGUGGAACAAGCAGGAGUCCAAGUGAUUCUGGCCACUGGCAGGCCGUUGCUGUCAGUGCAGCCCUAUAUCACGGAGCUGAACCUGCAGCGACCUGUGCCAACAGUGUGCUUCAAUGGAGCUUGUGCAGCACUGCUGGAUCCGCAAGCAGCGCCACAUUUGUUGCUCUCGCGAGGUGCCUGGGCUGGAGAUGAGAUUUUGGGUUUGAACAUGUUGGCAAAGCCCCAAAUCAUCCCAAAUCCAACGAAGACUGAACUGCAGGAAGAGUGGCUACGGACGUUCGAAGAGAUGGAGGGCCUUGAGCAGGAACGGCUGGACUCUGCAAGCAUCGGAGAACUGUUAGAUGUGGAGCUUCCACUCAAGAUCACCGCCCUUGCUGAAGAGCCUGCCCAGCAGGCCACUAAGGCACGUGCAAUGCUUCCUCCUGGCGCGGCACAUGUGGUGGCAGCCGAGAUGCACAUCGAGUUUAUAGCAGCUGAUGUGAACAAAGGUGACAUGUUGCAGCGACUUUGCAAUGAUCAUUUGGGCCUUCGGGUGGAUGAGUUGGUGGCUUUCGGGGACAACUUCAACGACAUCGAAAUGUUGACCUUGGCUGGUGAGGGUGUUGCAGUGCAAAAUGCCAGGGAUGAGCUGAAGAAGGUUGCCAACCGAGUGAGCGAGUGGAGCAAUGACGAGGAGGCGGUCGCUAGGCCUUCUAGCUCUGAUCGAGUUGCACAUGGAGAAUCGAUGAGAAUCGAUGAUUGGGGCCGUGUCACGGAAGUGGAUUUGAGCGUGAAUGUGCUGAUCCAGACUCCGAAGCUUCAUCAUGAUGUCUUUUCGGCGCCAGGAGGGGAAGAUGCUCCAGCAGCCGACGCUCCAGCCGCAGAUGCGCCGGCAGCCGAUGCUCCGGCUGCUGAUGUGCCGGCAGCCGAUGCUGCGGCGGAUGCACCAGUGGCUGAUGCGCCAGCGGCUGAUGCUCCCGCUGAACCAUCUGCAGAUGCCGGAGCUGCAGAUGCCACAGCCCCUGCCAGCGAUGCAGCGGCAGCGUCAGCAGAAAUGCCAGCCGCUUCGGUGACGGUUCCGGUGGAGAAAGUUGUAGAAGUUACUGCUGUACCACGAUCACCUGUUGUGUACAUAGAGGCUAUGGAAGGGCAGACCCGAGUGGUGCUUCUUCAAGAUAAAGGUGAUCGAAUCUCAGUGCGAGAUGUUGGGGUAUCUCUGGAUCCUCUCAAGGAUCUUGGUGCCGGCAAAGAAGAUGAGGAUGCUGCUGCUCUUCUGCAACGACGCAAAGAGUUCGCAGACUUCCUCGGCAGCAUCUUAGAGACAGCAAAGGAGGUGAUUCAAGGCCACAAGAAUCCAGAGGUGGUGCUGGGUUUGUCGAGCUGGUACACAGAUCUUCCAGAUGAGGACAAGGCGUCCUAUGAGGGUAUGUGGGACUCGCUUCGACAGCAGGUGCGCCAACACCUGGCGGAUGAUGCUGUUCUGGUCUUGCUGCCACUAGUGGAAGAUGAGGAGGCAAGGCAUGAACAUCGUGCAGUUGCCUUCGCAGCGACACAGGUGCAGCGCUUGAAGCCGGACUUUGCUGGCCUUGUGCUGGGCAGCUCCAUGCCUGACUCUGGCAAGCUUAGAUGUACCUGUGGUUUUGCCGCGGAUUCGCCGGUGCUACGGGUUGCACUGUCGCUUGAGGAGGGUGGCCCCAUGGUCGAAGGUGAAGAUGGCAUUGCCAAAUGGCAGAGUCAGUGCAAAGAAAAGUGCACAGAGACCUUUUCGGCCUCAAAAGAUGUCAUCGCUGGUGUAUGUGAAAAGGCUGCGGCACCACAGGUUUGCGUUCUUGCAGGUCUUCUUCAGGGAAUCCAAGCUCCGGCUGCUUUGCUUGGGCAGCAAGAAGUCAAGGAAGCCCUGGAGAAGCUCGAAGCAGCCCUUGGGGAUGCUUCCGCAGCUGACAAGGCUGCGAUUCUGCGAACAGCAGCGGCACUAGAGGCUCUUGAAGGUGUGGUUGGAAGUUCGUUACAGGUCCUUUUCAGCGAGAAAUGGGAACUCGGUGGAAGUAGUUUCAACGCUUCCUGGUCUGUGGGUCACUACCUCAAGCGGCCACAAGGUACCAAGGAGGUUGCACAGACGGAUGGCCCACCUCCCACGCCUUCUGAGGCGGCGCCAGCUGCAGAAACCACUGAGAAGGAAGGGCCAUCCGGAAAAACCGAAGCCACCACGGUUGACGUGACGACUUCGGAUCCCAGUGGUCAGGCCACUUCGGAGACGGUUCAGGCUACAACCACUGCUGAAGACCCGGAGAACCCGGAGGCUCCAAUGCCCACAGGCAUGGAAGAGUUUCGUCCCAACGAGCCGGAGCCAAAGGCGCGUAUAGGUCCUGGCUUUGUGGUCUACAUCGUAGCACCAAACGAUGACAUGCCUCUCAGCGGUGCUGACUUUUCGGCCAUCCGAUCUGCAGCGGUGCAAAGCGAUGCCACUGUGGUGUUGAGUGCCAGGAGUGCUUCUGGCCUUGUCAUUGAGGAAGGCAAGAAGGUGGCCGAAUCCAAUCGUGUUUUACGACCUUUGGCGGACUUUGCUGUGCGACGUUUCAGCCCUGCUGGCAGCAGCAAGGCAGGUUCUCAUCAGAGCGCGUUUCAACACUUGUUCGAGGCCAUUGUCCUCAGUGGCAAAGAAGCUGUCUACAGAAGUGUGGUUGAAGGGCUUCAAAACCUUGGUUUCCCUGGAGAUACGGCAGCGACUGCCGAAGCUCUCCUACCUGUUGGUAUCCCCAAGGUCACCAAGCAGGAAUUCUGCAGUAGCCUGGCUGAUGCGUUUGUCCAUCCAGAGAUGGUGGUUGUUUGCCCCAAGAACUCGAAGGGAGCUGCUGAAUGGCCUCAAGUGCGCUGGGGCAGCCCAGUGAGAGAUGGAAGCGGGCUGUGCACGUAUACACACUCAAUGAUAAUCAUACAAUAUAUUAAUUAA